UUUGCUCUUGUACGACCUUGCGCCAAGUCACGCUUCGCAUCCCCUUGGUGCUAUUCCCCCCCUCCGAGAGACACCCUUCACUUCCGACUUCCUUUUCACCUGGUUUCUAUGCUGUCUUCAUCGUGAUCCGUGUCUUUCAAAGAGAAAGAAAUAAUUCGUCACAAAAGUGACGUUUGUGUUUUAUAAGAGGAAAAAAGAGGAUAAAAGUGAGAAGUGAUUUCCAUAUUAUCUACUUUUGGAGUAAAUUUAGCAAUUUAUCGUGGAUGGAUAAUCAUGACGACGAUGAAGUAUCAUUGGAUGCUAUUAAUAUCGUUAUUGCUGAUAUUCGGAUGCAUUCUAGAAUCCCAACAACUCGUCAUCAAGAGCAUCAAUGUUCCCCCCGCUGUGAAGGUCGGCAAUGUCAAUCACGUGGUCCUCGACUGCGACUACGCUCUGGAGAACACCUCGAGCGAAGGGUUGGUGGUCAAGUGGUUCUUCAACGGAUUGGAGGAAGCCGGAUUGGUCUACCAAUGGAUUCACGGCAGGAAUCCCUUAGCUGAUGAGCCGGCUGCGAAAUACAUCGAUCUGACAUAUAAGGCGAGUGAUGAUCCUUUCACCGAGUAUCGAGCCAUGAAGCUGGAUAACCCGGGAACCGAUCUAACGGGCGAUUAUAUGUGCGUGAUAUCGACAUUUGAAGACGAGAAGAUGGCAAAUGCUUCCAUGGUAAUUUAUUCAACAGAGGAAAAGUUCGAUUUUUACUAUCAUAAAAAAAGUAUAGAUAAUAAAGACGGGUUGGAAGCGACGUGUGAAGCUAAAGGAGUUUAUCCUGCAGCAUAUCUCAAUAUUUCAGUGAAGGGUAUUCCAGACAAAUCAUCUUCAAAUAAAUCCAUGUAUAAUGAUCGGAUAUUUCGUGAAGAUGGAUUGUAUGAUAUCUUAUCACGAAGAGAUAUGCUAGAUGAGGAACUACCAGAAGCUGCAGAACUUAAAUGUACUCUCGACAUCCCGAAAACAAACUACAGUGUGUCCCGAAGAACUAUAUACUAUUCCAGAAUGACUACUACUACUUCAUCUGUUACAACGAUACCGGAGCAUAAAAUGGAUAUCCAGGACCUAGACAGCUCAAAGUCCGGUAAUGGUGGUGGCAACUUCGUCGACUGCGCAUCGAUCAAUGUUAUCCUGUUACCGAUGUAUCUGGCUAUUCUUAUUCUGUUUCAUUAAUAAUGCAAUCGAUAGGUAAGUUUGAAUCGACAUUGGACUCGAUUGGUACUUUGAUGACUUUCUUUAAAACAACGAUUCCAAACUGUAAUUUAUUUCCAAACCCUGCGCGCGUGAUUUUAUAACAUAUAAUGUUCUAGUCAUAAAUUUUAAAACUAAAAAUUAUCUGUUACUAAAUGUCUUUUUUUCUAUAGUUU